AUGCCGCGCGGCUUCCUCGUCAAGCGCAGCCGGCGCCCCGGCGGCUCCUACCGGGCGCGCCCGCGGGAGAGGGACCCGGACCGGGACCCGCCGCCCGCCCCGCCGCCGCCCCCGCCGCCCGCCGCCGGGGGCAGCCCCGCCGCCAGGCAGGGGGCGGAGGAGGAGGAGGAGGGCGAGGAGGAGGAGGGCGCCGCCGCCGCCGCCUGCCCCGCGACGUGGCCCCCCGGCGGCGGCUGCGGGGGACCGGGGCUCGCCCCGCCGGAGGGGCCGGCCGCCUGGGGGGCGGCGGGCCCCUGCAGCGCUGCGGGGCCGCGGGCGGCUCUCUUCGAGCGGUGCCUCAGCUCCCCCGCCUCCGCCGAGUCCUUCCCCCUGGCCGCCUCCUUCCCGCCCGCCGAGAAGCUGCUGCUGCAGCCCCGCACGCCGCUGCCCGCCCCGCCGCCGCCGCCGGUGCCAGCGCUGAAGCGGCCGUCGCGGGCCAAGGCGCCGGCCAAGAAAGCCAAGGCCACUCGGAAGCUGAGCUUCGCCGACGAGGUGACCACCUCGCCCGUGCUGGGGCUGCGCAUCAAGGAGGAGGGCCCCGAGGGCCGGCCGGGGCCGGGGCCGCCGGCGGGGCGCACGCCGCUGGGCGAGUUCAUCUGCCAGCUGUGCAAGGAGCAGUACGCGGACCCGCUGGCGCUGGCCCAGCACCGCUGCUCCCGCAUCGUGCGCGUCGAGUACCGCUGUCCCGAGUGCCACAAGAUCUUCAGCUGCCCCGCCAACCUGGCCUCGCACCGCCGCUGGCACAAGCCGCGGCCCGGCCCCAGCGCCGACGGCUCCGCCGCCGCCGCCCCGCCGGGCAAGGAGAACAGCCCCGAGCGGCGGCCCCGCGGCCCCGCCGCGUCCUCGCCUCAGCCGCCGCCGCCCCGUCAGCACCGCGGCGGCGCGGACAGCGCCGGCGGCGCCCCGGCCCCCCCCGGCCCCGCUCCCGCCGGCGCUCCGGCUCCCGGCCCCGGCGGCGGCCCCGGCGGGGAGGCGUUCGCCUGCCCCUGCUGCCAGAAACGGUUCCGGCGGCAGGCCUACCUCCGCAAGCACCUGGGCACCCACGGGGCAGCGCGGCCCGCCGCCUACGGCCCUCCGGAGCGCGGGCAGCUCGCCUUCGCCUGCCACCUCUGCGGCGCCCGCUUCCCCUCGGCGGACAUCAGGGACAAGCACCGGCUGUGGCACGCCGUGCGGGAGGAGCUGCUGCUGCCGCCGCCGGCCGGGCCCCCCGAGGGCGGCGCGGCGGGCGGCGAGCGGCAGGGCUUCCCCUGCAAGCACUGCCCCGCCACCUUCUUCAGCGCGCCCGGGCUGGCGCGGCACGCCAGCAAGUGCCACCCGCCGGAGAGCAGGCAGGUCCUGCUGCUCCAGGUGCCCGUCCGGCCGGGCUGCUAGGCCCGCGGCCGCCCCCGAUGGGAUUGCUCCGGGAGCCCGGGCGAGCCGAGGGAGUCCUGUCCACGCUGUAAUUCCUAUGGAAAGUCGCGGUACUCACGGCCACGAAGGCGGAGGAGCCGCCCGCGGACUCCCGCCUCCCCGGCCGGCGGGUAGCGAAACUCGCCCCCCCCGCACCAGCACGGCAGGAGGUUUAGCCGACGGGCGGUAUCGCCGCCGCCU